AUAGCCGACACUUUAUAAACCCCUACCCCUCCCCUUCAACAACAACUAAAAAAUUAAAUUUCAAAAUUCCAAUCAACUCUUUGUGAUCAAGGUUGUUUAUGGAGGCUGUAAAUGAUUUUCAUCCGCCUUCGAAUUACGAUGAAAUCUUCAUGCAACGACGCUUGAUCUUUUCCGACAGUCUUCAAGACUUGAGGAAAGUAAGAAGUCAACUAUACUCAGCUGCAGAGUUUUUCGAAGACUCGUAUCAUAAAACCGAACAUGAUCCCUUAUUGUUAGAAAGCUUAAAAGAUUAUGUGUCAAAAGCUCUGAUCAGCACCAUUGACCAUUUGGGCUCUGUGACAUCUAAAGUCAACAGUUUUUUGGAUGAAAACAUUGAUGAAGCUUAUGAAACAAAUCUUCGAGUUGUAUGCAUCAAACAGAGAUUACAAACAUGCCAGACGUUUAGCGAUCACGAGGGUCUUUCGCAACAAUCGUUGGUGAUACAGACGCCAAAGUACCAUAAGCAAUAUCUGCUACCAGACGGACAGUUUCCUGAAGCAGCGAAAGCAAAGACUGAAUCAUUCACUUUGAGGAAAGAGCGUAACAAACGGGAUUUAAAAGAAUUCGGAUCGGAUUUGGUUGAUUUUACUUUUGCAAAAGCUGCAUCAAACAAAGGAUCAGAAAAACGAUCGAGAUCAGUUUCACCAAGUCGGUUCAGAAUUAAGCGAUCGGGAUCUCUUGCUAACCCAUCUGUCAGCCCAGUCUCUCGGGUUGGGUAUGCUGGAUCAGUUAUUAAUCGAUCGUUCAGUCCAAAUACACAGCUGAAGCAUCAGGCAGAGGCAAGAAGGUCUUAUUCGUUGUAUUCGGAAAAAGAAAGAAGACAAGAUAUCCAAGUUUACUCCAAGAAAACCAGAAACCUUUUCAAAGCAUUACUUAGCAUACACAAGAAUAAGAACGAUAGUCGAUAGAUUGUAUCAUACAGAUAACUUUAAGGUCCCUUUUAUUCAGAUCCGAUUGGCAGAAAUUAAGUCGUUUUAUUGUUUGCCUAUAUAAAGGCAAAUGAAGCGAAUUUAACAAUAGCAACUUUAACAAUA